AUGGAUCUCGUCUCGAGUAUCCGCAAGACGGGUUCGCGCGGCGGUGUUAACUUCAAUUGGGACGAUGUCGCCACCUCAAACCAUCGCGAGAAUUACCUCGGACAUAGUCUAAAAGCUCCCGUUGGUCGUUGGGCAAAAGGCAGAGACCUCACUUGGUAUGCGAAAGCCGAUGGAUCUGGAGCAUCGGGCACGGAAACGGAACAAGAAAAAGCAGAGCGAGAGCGAAAAGAAGAGCUCAAGAGAAUCAAGGAGGCUGAAGAAGACGCGCUAGCCCGCGCGCUAGGACUACCUAUUGCCCCUCGAAAGGCGACGGGCGCGAACGCCGUCGACAAGGAGAGGGUCCAGUCGAUGAUAGUCGCAAGGCAUCAAAGAGACAGGAUCGCUCUGAAAGACACCACCGGAGGCGACAUAGAAGCAGGAGUCGCAGCCGCAGCCGGGAUAGAUACAGGGUUAGGUCACCGAGGAGAAGAGACGAUUAUCCUAAGCACAAAAGGGAUGAUAGAGACGACAGAGAAGAUAGGCACGAUCGUCGGAGGCUGCGAAGUUAUAGCCCUGAGCGCAAUGACCACAGACAUGGAAGAUCUUAUCGACGAAAUCGCAGCCGCAGCCGCAGUCCUGAUAGAUCCGAACGAAAAAGAGAUGGAAAGGAAUCUUACAGACCUAGGUCAAGGGACAGACGACCACGACGGAGCAGAAGUCCCCGGAGACAUCAAAAGGGAUCUCCAGAAGAUGGUCGUUAAUUGGAUCGGGAAUAGGUGCAGGGAACCAACCACAUUGUAUAUUGAAUCAGGGUUACCAACAACUAACUGCGGUGUUUUGAUUGUUUUAGAGGGUAAUGCGCGGAGUAUGGAGUGA